CUUAGCGUUCACACGUCCCAUGCCUUUUUCAUUUCGAAGCUGUGUAUGCGCAUCUGCGCUAUAAAUAAUAUUGAAUAAAAGUUUUUUAUUUGCUUCACAAACUUGCUGUCAUCGUAAGGCAACCAUGGGAGGACAAGCAAAGGCUAAAAAGAAAGGCAAACCUAAAAGAAAAGAGAACCGUAGAGGUACAGAGAACACAGAUAUGUCAGCACAGGACAGGAUGAAAGUCAGGAUGCAGGAGAAAGCCAAAAAGAAGACUGCUGAAAAAUACAGCAUUGAUCAGUUACUGGAAAAGACAGAAGAAUGUAUGGACAACUUUGACUUCCCAAUGGCAAAGGUUUUCUGCCAGCGUGCCCUGGACAUUGAACCUACCAACCUGUCUGUUCUGGACAUGCUAGGAAACAUCUGUGCUGAGCUGGGGGAUGUGGAUUCAGCCAAACAAAUAUUUCUGAAAGCAGUGGAACUGAGUCGAGAGGAAGGCCACAGCAAAUACAUGUACCUGGGUCAGAUUCAUACAGGUGCUGAGGCCGUGCAAUACUUCAGCAAAGGCAUUGAAAUCAUGCUUAAAGUCAUAGACGGGCAGGUCCAAGAGGUUAGCAGUAUGGGAGCUGCAGCCUUGCCAUCGGAGUCUCCCGUUAGUGCAAAGGACGUGUCUGUGGCCUUCUGUUCCAUCGCUGAGAUCUUCUUUACUGACCUUUGUAUGGAGGAGGGAGCAGCUGAGCGGUGUAAGGAGGCUAUUGAGAAAGCACUGCACUAUGACCAGAACAACCCUGAAGCUCUGCAGUUAAUGGCUAGCUACCUCUUCAGCACUGAGAAACCUGAGGAGGGCCGUGAGUACUUGAUAAAAAGUGUGUCGUCAUGGCUACCGAGUCGGCAGAAGGAGGAAGAGUCUUUAGCGAGCGCAGAGCAGCCUGAUGAAGAUGAGGAGCAAUUGCAGAGUAAAAUCCCACCAUACGAGUCCCGAAUUACAACAGCCAAACUGCUGAUAGAAGUUGAGGAAUUUGAGAUGGCCACAGACGUGUUGGAGGGUCUUUUGGAGGAGGACGAUGAGGUUGUACAGGUGUGGUAUUUGUUAGGAUGGUUGUACUAUCUUCAACUGGACAAGCCCGGUUCUGCAGAAGACUCAGAAACCUUGAAAAGAUCUGCCAGAAUCUACCUUACCAAAGCAAAAAAGUUCUACAUAAAGAUGCAUUGUGAGGACGUGCCCAUGUUGGAGCACACUGAGCUGCUGUUAGGAGAACUUGGAGGUGAUUUGACUGCUGCUGAUGAUGAUGGUGAUUCGUUUGCUGCCUCUGUUGAUGAUAUUGAGGACGACUUUAUUCCGACCAGUGAGGACGAGGAGGAAGAGGAGGAGGAUGGCAUGGAGCACUGAAUCUGUUUAAAUCUGUAAAUUGUCUCCAUUGCCCUACUGUAUAUGGCUCUGUUCCAUUUCUUCUUAGUACUUUUUGUUUUUUUUUAUCCUAGUUUUGGACACAAUUUUGUUAAAAUUUCUCACGUAUGCAAAGGAUAACAAACACAAAGAAAACAAAAGACAAUAAGGAUGUAAUCCAACAUUGCCAAAGCUGUCAAGAAAUUUAGUUUGAGUAAUUAUAACAAUUCAGUUAAACAUUACAAAAAUGGGAUGAAUAGAAUGAAGUUUGUUAAAUACAUGUGACCCUUCUGCUCUACUUAAACCAUUACGUUAAUAAUCCUUUUGUAAUCAUAAUUACACACAUUUUCAUGGUUUCCUGUGUGUAAUGAGUUAGAAAUGCCAUCAGGGAUUAAAAAUGCCUUUUUAAAUCAAA